AUACACAUUUAUUUUUAACAUAAAUGUACAAAUAUACUCGUACUAAAACUAAAACAUAUUAUUACUAUUAGCGCUGUACAAUUAUUAGCAAGUUCAUUCAUGUAGUUUAUGUUUUAACAGUAGUACAUACGCGUGCACGCUAGAUAGCGAUAACUUAUUAGUGAGUUGCUAUCUAGUAAUAAAAAGUUGCAAAAACAUUCUGAAGCCUUCUUUGGAAAAUCCUUUAUAUAGUAGAAAAAAAUGCGAUCUAUUGCAAGGUCCUCGAUCCCACCACUAAUUGAUGUUAAUCACAGUGGAAAUCGACCUUUAUCAGGGGUAAAACUGUACUUGCGCAGAGUACACAAAGCAAAUGGUGGGGAUAGCAUCAGAUAUCCGGGUAGCGCUAGAAUAUUGCUGAUUUCUUGUAGCUAGUAAAACAAAUAUGAACUGCUAGUCUAGCAAAGAUCUACUCGCUUCUUCGUCUGAGCUCGGUACCUUCCUGUGUGUAUGGAUCGUCAGUAGUGUUGUGUACGAGACUGUGAACUGUGUUCGACAUGGAGAAGACUUGUAGUCUAGAUAUAAGUUCUAAACCGUAAGAUUUAACCUGAACUUCUACUUUCACAAUGUUGUCUGGACGAACCAAAACAUGCGUGAAUUUAUCGUUAGAGCAACGCCUCGAUAUCUUGCGGCAAUUGGAGGACCGCGUUCCGCAGAACCAAUUGGCCAAGAAUUACGGCAUCAGCGUCGUGACCAUCCAUCGAAUCAAAAAGAAUGCUGAAAAAAUACGACGUCAGUCCCAGACACCUGGAACUGAAGGUAAAAAGAGGUUUCGAAGGCCGGUACUGGUCGAGUUGGAUGCUCGUUUAUUCGCGUGGUACCAGGGACGACGGGCCCUCGAGGAAACCGUCACUAACGCUCUGCUUCAAGAAAAGGCGAUGAAACUUAACGAGGAGUUCGGUGGUCCUUCAAAUUUCUCAGCCUCCAAUGGCUGGAUAUGGCGGUUCAAACAGCGCCAUGGCAUAAGCUUCGACGAUCCUAACAAUGAUGCUGCCAUAGUCGACACGAGGAUAGCUGAAGAAUUCACCAAACGUUUUAUGCACCGCUUGGCACAGGAAGGCAUCAAGCUGCAGAACUUGUACAGCAUGGACGAUUCGGGAUUAGCAUGGAAGUAUCUUCCUCCUAAAGUUCUAAUCAACGCUACGAUAAAGAGCGUUUAUGGGAAAAAAGCGAGAAACAAUCGAGUCACUGUGGGCUUAUGCGCGAAUGCUAUUGGAACACACAAACUUCCCCCACUCUUUAUACACAAAUGUAAGACACCUAGGGCCUUGAAACACUGCUGGGACCAUUUGCCAGUGGUUUUCAAGGCCCAGAUGAAUGCUUGUAUGGAACAGAAGGUCUUCACCGAUUGGUUGGAGAACUACUUCAAACCAGCUGUUAGGAAUCACCAGUUGCAAACUGGUAAUCAUGGGAAGGUGCUGCUACUGGUAGCCAAGUCCAGAACUCACGAGCUGCUACCGGAAGUUAGAACUGGGGAUAACAACGUCGAAGUUGUAUAUGUUCCAACUUCGUCGAAUUUGUUACCGAUGGAACGAGAGAUAACGAGCAACGUUAAGGUGUCCUUCCGUCGACGCAUGUUGAGUCGAAUCUUAAAAUUUCCUGAAGGAGUGGCGGAGUUCUGCACGGAUUAUGAUGUGAAGGAUUGCAUCAAUUUCCUGAACGAAGCCUGGACUGAUGUAGCACCAGCUGACAUUUACAAUUCCUGGAAAAAAUUAUUGGGAGUUGAUGUAACAGAGGAUCAGGUCGAAGAACAAAGUAGAGUGUGUCCUGGCGACACAUCGGAUAUUACGACGAUUAAAGACAUUAUGAAAGCUAUUGUGAAGGAGCCUGUGUCUCACAAAGAGGUCGAGGAUUGGCUCGUGGCCUGUGAGAAAGUCGAGGGCGAUGUCGAUCUGGGAAGGAACGAUUAUCCUGAUGAAAUGACAAGCUUGCAGCUGGACACGGACGAGAUCGAACGGACAAUUGCGAAACUAGUCCUGUGGGCUGAGACACAAUCUAUUUUUGUUAAGUUUCAUGCACGUGUAGUGAAAGAUUAUUACGAUUUGAUAAAAUAAUUAUGAUUCGAAAGAACAGAUUACACUUAUUCGUAGCUCCUACCUAAAAUAAAAAGCUUUUAUUUCUUACAUAGAACUCGCAACCCAAAUAAUCCAUUACGAAAUGGUCGAGGAUACAACAAACAUUUAAGGGGAUACCCUAAUUCUGCCAAUCGCAUGAUUUACAACAUUUGGAAUAAAAAAAAACAUAACUAAAUUAGUCUCUAGUGAAAAGGAUAUAGUACAGCCACCUAGCGACGAAUAAACUGAACUUAAAUCUAAGAUCAAGUUUACAUGAUAAAAUGUUCGAUCAUUCUUAUACAACGUCUAUGACCAUGGCAGCACGUUCGUUGAUGCAAACAACAAAUUUGUUGUGAAUUCCACAGAUAGUGAACCAACUGUAAUAUUUAUGAAUUAAAUAGCGAGAAUUGAAAGCGGCAGGAUGAUUUUCAGACUUUAAACAAGUUCGUUUUAUGUUCUUUCAAACGUGACUCAUAAAAAAUGUCAGUAUUCUUUGUGAAUGCUAACCAAGACAGUGAAGUUGAGGGAGAUUCCAAUGGAGACCUGCAAAUUGCCUCACCUGGCAGUUCUGAAGCCCAACAAGCUUUGGCUCAGUUCUGGCCAAAAGUCACAGAAGAAAUUAAAAAGAUUACUACUAUGGACCUGAGAACACAAUCAUUGCCAUUAGCCAGGAUAAAAAAAAUAAUGAAGCUGGAUGGAGAUGUAAAAAUGAUAAGCGCCGAAGCUCCUAUGCUGUUCUCUAAAGCAGCAGAAAUUUUUAUACACGAAUUAACUCUGAGAGCAUGGGUUCAUACAGAAGAUAACAAAAGACGUACCCUCCAGAGAAACGACAUUGCAAUGGCUAUAACUAAAUACGAUCAAUUUGAUUUUCUUAUCGACAUAGUGCCUAGGGAUGAAUUAAAACAAAGCAAAGCACAGACUGAAAGUACUCCUAUACAAAUUGUACAACCUUCUACUGGACAGAUUCAGACAAUUAAUAUAGGGAGUCCAGUAGAGCAGGAAAGUCCUAAUCCAAGUACAACACAGGCGGUAACGGUACAGAGUCAGCAGCAAUCGUCGGGACAACAAAUUAUACAACUACAGCAGGCUCAACAAACACCCACCACUCAAACUGGAGGAAUACAAAUUGUACAACAAAUUGUAACACCCAGUGGAGAAAUUCAGCAAAUACCUAUACAAUUAACACCUCAGCAGCUUCAAAUGAUCCGUAUGCAAGUUCAAGGUGGAAGCAAUCAGCCAAUCAUAAUUCAAACUGCUCCUAUCCAAGCUCAACCUCAACUAAUACAAGUAGCGCAAGGCGCUCAAGCACCUGUCUAUUUACAAACUAGCGGUACCGACAAUGAAUAAAUGUUAAUUAAUUUUAAGGAAUAUUUAAUGUUUAGUACGACAGUCCUAAACACAAAAACAGGAUAAAACAGUAAAUAUAAGCUUGUAUGGUAAGGAAUAUAAUUUUUUUAAAUUAUUCCUAAAAUAAAAGCAUUUUCCAUA